AGCGGGCAGAGCGGCGCUGCUGGUGUCAGAGCCCUGCGAUCGCUGGCAGUUCCACGGCGGGGAUGCUGAGGAGCGCUGGAUCUGUGAGCAGCGCUGGCCACUGCGGACUUCCAAGGCAUUUGGGGCCGUAAGGACCCCAGCAUCGCGGCCAAUCCCAGGCCCCCAAGGCCAUUCACUGUCCCAGAAACCAGUCUAGGGGAAGAGUCCAGCGCAGCAGCCGUCGUCCCCCGGAUCGCGAGCGUUCUGGAACCCCGAGAGACACCCCGGAGUUCCAGAAGCUCCCCGGCGGCCCCCGGCCCCGGCUUGCUUCGAGCGUCGGUCCAAGACCCCCUCCGGUGCACAGGUCGCCUGCCUGCCGCGGCCGGGUCCGGUGGACACCAUGAUCGUUGCAGACCCUGAGUGCCGCUCGGAGCUUCAGGGCUACCUGCCAUUCGCCCGGGGUGGCGUCGGAGACCCGGGGGCCGGAGAGGAGCAGAGAGAGAGCCAGGCUCGUGGAGGCCCUCGAGGGCCCAGUGCCUUUAUCCCUGUGGAAGAGGUCCUCCGGGAGGGGGCUGAGAGCCUGGAGCAGCACCUGGGGCUGGAAUCACUGAUGUCCUCGGGCCGGGUGGACAACCUGGCAGUAGUGAUGGGCCUGCACCCCGACUACCUGAGCAGCUUUUGGCGCCUGCACUAUCUGCUGCUGCACACAGAUGGGCCCCUGGCCAGCUCGUGGCGCCACUACAUUGCCAUCAUGGCUGCUGCCCGACACCAGUGUUCUUACCUGGUGGGUUCCCACAUGGCCGAGUUUCUGCAGACUGGUGGUGACCCUGAGUGGCUCCUGGGCCUCCAUCGGGCCCCUGAGAAGCUUCGGAAACUCAGUGAGAUCAACAAGUUGCUGGCACACCGGCCAUGGCUCAUCACCAAGGAACACAUCCAGGCCUUGCUGAAGACGGGUGAGCACAGCUGGUCCCUGGCUGAACUCAUCCAAGCCCUCGUCCUGCUCACCCACUGCCACUCACUGGCCUCCUUCGUGUUUGGCUGUGGCAUCCUUCCAGACGGGGACCCAGAGGGCAGCACUGCCCCCCAGGCACCAUCACCCCCCAGUGAGCAAAGCAGCCCCCCCAGCGGGGACCCACUGAAUAACUCUGGGGGCUUCGAGGCUGCCCACGAUGUGGAAGCUCUGAUGGAACGCAUGAGGCAGCUGCAGGACAGCUUGCUGCGGGACGAGGGAGCCUCACAGGAGGAGAUGGAGAACCGCUUUGAGCUGGAGAAGUCAGAGAGCCUGCUGGUGACCCCUUCAGCUGACAUUCUGGAGCCCUCUCCACACCCAGACAUGCUAUGCUUUGUAGAAGACCCUACAUUCGGAUAUGAGGACUUCACUCGGCGAGGGGCUCAGGCACCCCCCACCUUCCGUGCCCAGGAUUAUACUUGGGAAGACCACGGCUACUCACUGAUCCAGCGGCUCUACCCUGAGGGUGGGCAGCUGCUGGAUGAGAAGUUCCAGGCAGCCUAUAGCCUCACCUACAAUACCAUCGCCAUGCACAGUGGGGUGGAUACCUCGGUGCUUCGAAGGGCCAUCUGGAACUACAUCCACUGCGUCUUUGGCAUCAGAUAUGAUGACUAUGAUUAUGGGGAGGUGAACCAGCUCCUGGAGCGGAACCUCAAGGUCUAUAUCAAGACUGUGGCCUGCUAUCCAGAGAAGACCACCCGGAGAAUGUACAACCUCUUCUGGAGGCACUUCCGCCACUCAGAGAAGGUCCAUGUGAACUUGCUGCUCCUGGAGGCCCGCAUGCAAGCUGCCUUGCUCUACGCUCUCCGCGCCAUCACCCGCUACAUGACCUGACUCCCUCCCACCCAGGACCCACACCCGGAGCAGCUGACCCUGGGGGGACCCUCCUCCCUGCAAGGACUUCUCUGUCUGGAUACAGACCCAGGACCCUUUCUGCCCCAUGCCCAUGCACCCCACCAUGGGGGUGGGCUUGUGUGAUGUGCAGCCCCAAAGCCACGCCCUCCUGUUCUUGCAGGAAUGGACAGAAUCGUUGCACUGACUCUGGGAUCUCAGCUCUCCCCAUGGGACCUGGAAGAGGACUAGGAAAUCCCAAGGGCCAUGCCCUUCCUCCUUCCCCUGACCCCAGAGCAGAGGGCACAGGAAGGGAAAUGGCCCACACUUGGACUGACAGGCCAAGAGGCUGGGCCCCAGGCACCUGGAGUGCUGUGGCCUUCCUGGACUGGAAAGUCCCUGUCUGGCCUCUGUGGGAGAGGGACAAAGAUCUCCAGGGACUAACACUCCAGGCAGCUUUGCCUUCCCUCCCCACUUUAUUCUCAUGUUUCAUUACCUCCCACCUGCCGUUCACCCAUCAAUGUGAAAGUCAGGGUCACAGCUGGUCUGUGCGCCACUCUAUCAAAAGCCUUUUCUGUUGGGCAGCCUGAAGGCCCCCUGUUCCCUGGUUGCCCAAACCCUACUUCAGUUCUUUUACCUCUCCGCUCCAUAAACCUUUCUCCCACACCCUGUGGUGUGAGACCCCAGGAGAGGGGCCAAACACAUCCAAAGAACACUGUCCUUAGAGAGGAGGAGCCUCUGUUGGGUCCUUUGCCUUCUGAGGAGGAGAGAGUAUUCAGAGAUAAAUUGUCUGUACUUAGGUCCUUUGUGGUUGAGAUCAGACCUCCUCAGGGCCUCACCUUUGGAACACAGUCGGUGCCUGUGAGGAGCAGAGAGAAGUUCUGUUCUCCCCAGGCUCCGGAGGCUGGUUCCUACCCUCCUGUCCCCAGGGGCUCUGCCAAGGACUUUUGCCAAAAAGUUGGGCCUUUCUAGGUAGCUGACAUUGCACCAGGGCCCAGUAAGGGAAGCUAAUACCAGGGUUCCUGUUUGGGCCCUGCCACUAAUUAAGUGGCUGUGACCACAUUACCAGAGCCCCUUGACCACCACAGUUGCAGACUCAGGGUUAGGUUUGAGGCUUGAGUUUCCCUGCAUCUGAUGCUUUGGCCUGGGAUCUGAAGUCUACAGCAAACUGAUUUUCUUGCAAGAUCCUGAAGGCCUCUAGGGACCACCCCCCUCCGGCAGUCAAGCUCCUGACUCUUUUCCAAGAACCUUCCCCCUGUCCUAGUAUCUGUCUCCUCUCCUGAAAUUUAGGUGGAUUGCUUGGGAGACAGAACUGGCUAAGGACUGAUCCCAAGCACUUUCUGUAGCAAACAACUGUGAAUCGAGACUUCUCUUGCCCUUCCAGCAGCAGGUGCAUCCUCCCAGGCCAGUUUGGAGGUGCCUGGGAAAGGCAAGAGCACAAUGCUGCUGUUUCUGACCUUCCUCCCCCUGGGGGGCAGGAAAGGAACUCGGCCACUUGCCACAUUUCAUACCCAUGCGGGCAUGGGGAAGCGACUGGCACCACCCCCAGGCCUAAAAGUCCUCCCUGCAAAGAAGAUGGGCAGGAGGGGAGGGGUCCCAGCAUGGGGGUUUGAGUUCCAGAGGGAACAUAAUGGCUGUGUAUAUGUCCCCUGGGUGGGUGGGAAGGGAUAUCCAGUGUUCAAGUGCUGAAACCUUUGACCUUGCUACCUGUUGUGUAUGAUGAGAAAUAAAAGUUCACUGAGGUUUUUGUUUUGUA